UACAUUUCUCUCAUCUCUCUCUACAAUUUUUCCAGCUUAUUCUCUCCUCAUUAUCCCCCCUUUCCCUUUCUCUCUCCUCUUUCUAGGGUUAGGGUUUACUUCUUCCGCUUGGCGAUUCAAUUUCAAAGCUUCAACUAUGGCGAUUGAGACUCCUUUGUCUCCCUAUCAUUGCUCGGUAUCUUCUCUUUCAACUUUUUAGAUCAAGUUAUGACUUGAUUCAGUGCUUUUUCUGGGUGGCAGUCUUGGAUUCGAGAUGUAUGCCGUUUCUGAUAAUGGAAAUACUGAGACUUACAUGAUGCCAGGUACUGAGUUGAACCCUCGCUUACCCAGUCCAGUUAUCGAAAACUUUCAAAUGAUGGCUAGUGAUGGAUCUGCUGCUGACUUUGUUGUCGAUCCGAGUUUAUACUAUCCUGCUGCCCCCACCUAUGGCUAUUAUUGUACAGGAUUUGAAUCACCUAGCGAAUGGGAUGACCACCAUGCAGUUUUUGGUGUAGAUGGUGCAGAUAUCCAAUAUGCGGGUGCACAAAGUGAAAAUCUGCCUUAUGUGUAUUAUACUCCUAGUUAUGGAAUGGGAGACACUCCAUUUAACCCGUACAAUCCUUAUAUACCUGGUGCUAUGGUAGGUGUUGAUGGACAACUGUUGGGGACACAACCUUACUAUGCCGUAUCACCAUAUCCCAAUUCCGCCUCGUCUUCUGGAUACUUCCCUGUUCUUGUCCAAUCUGGUCAUGAUGCUGCAAGUAGUGCUACAGACACCAUGUUAAAUGUUGCUCCAUCUACCAUGAAUCGAUCAAAUGGUUCUACUGUAAAGCGCACUCAUUCCUCUUCCCCUGCUGCAUUCUCCAUGAAUUCUUCUAAAGCUGCUUCCAGCCAGACGCAUGCACUCACAGGAGCAUCACAAGGUUCUAAAAUUAGCACUGGAACAAGCAAGAGGCCUAUGAGUAAUAGAAGUGGUGGUUCUAUUGGGUCUGUCCAUGGAGCUUCGUCACAUGUACCUCAGGGUGGAAAUGCUCCAGAGUCCUUGCAAUCUGCAAGGAACAUUUCAUAUGGGAAGCUUUUAUCUCAAGCUAAUCAAGUGAAAUAUUCGUAUCCUAUGGGUGGUGGUUUGUCAGACUAUGGAGCAAGUACCAAUGGUCAAGCUGUUUUGAAUGACUGGUCCAAAUAUUAUUACAGAAGACCUAACGAUAGUAACGGUAAUCUUGAUCAGUUGGGAGAGCAGAACCGAGGGCCUAGAACCAACAAAUCAAAAAAUCAACUUAUUGUAAAAGCGUACACAACACGGGCUGGGGACCGUAAUGCUGAAGGAAAUAUUGUAAUAUCUGCUGAUCAGUACAACAAAGAUGACUUUUCUGUGGAUUAUGCCAAUGCAAAGUUUUUUGUCAUAAAAUCUUACAGUGAGGAUGAUGUGCAUAAGAGCAUUAAGUAUAAUGUAUGGUCAUCCACACCCAACGGGAACAAGAAGCUAAGUAUUGCUUAUGAAGAUGCUCUAAAUUUAGCUAAUGGUAAACCAAGAGGCUGCCCAGUCUUCCUCUUCUUUUCUGUUAAUGCAAGUGGGCAGUUCUGUGGUGUUGCAGAGAUGAUAGGCCCUGUUGAUUUUGAUAAGGAUAUGGACUUUUGGCAGCAAGAUAAGUGGAGCGGAAGCUUCCCUGUUAAAUGGCAUAUUAUCAAAGAUGUACCAAACCCCACUUUUCGUCACAUUAUACUGGAAAACAAUGAGCAUAAGCCUGUGACUAACAGCAGGGAUACGCAAGAGAUAAUGCAUAGGCAAGGUGUGGAGAUGCUUAAGCUAUUUAAGAACUACACGUCUAAAACAUCUCUACUGGAUGACUUUAUGUACUAUGAGAACCGACAGAAGAUUAUGCAUGAAGAGAGAACUCGUAUAUUUCGCAGGGCUAAUGGACAUGUUCAUCCAAUUGAGACUCCUCUCAAGCAUAAUUCUGCUAUGGAUCAUUCCCAGAAAGUAGAUGAGGUUGGUACCUGGGUUGAGAAAGGUGUACAGCCCAGUAAUUCUAGUGGUUUGAAAACACUGAUCAAGUCAGAGGUAUCAUCUGGUGAUGGUGUUCAUGUGCCUGCUGCAAGCACGGGGCGGGAUCCCUCAGAGGUGCCGACGGGCAAUGUUUCUACCUUGAAGUUUGGUUCGUUAUGUAUCCAUCCUAAGCCAAGUGAACGGCAGUCAGCAGCACCUGCUACUUCAUCUGCUGCUGCUGCUGCUCCUGCUCCUGCUCCUCCUCCUGCUGUUUCUAAGAGCUCUAAUGCUGCGUCGAAUGUAGUAACAGUAGGUUCUAUGCCGAUCAAAGUUGAUGGAGCCAAUGUGUCGACAGAAACACUUACUAUUGGGACUAUUGCACUUGAUCCAAAAGCAUUGCAGCAUGGAAAGGUUGGUUCUGUUAAAGGGGCUGUACGAAAGUAAAUAUGGCGGGGAGUAUCGUGGAGUGUGGGUCCGCGGGUGUCUAUAAUGUGGUUGAUGUCUUGGAGUUGAGGGUUUAGUUUUUGUUUUCGACAAAGGAGUGUACCAUAUCCAUGUCUUGUGGCAAUAUUGCGAUAGUUCUAGGAGUUUUCCUUUAUUUUCUCUAUGCAUUUUUUUGGGGAGGUGGGGAGUGGGAGGAUUGCGAUGUGAGGUUGGCCGGGCUGUAUUGAGGGAGUGGUGGUAAGUCAGAUUGAUUUUGAUGUGGACUUUGAACGGUUUAGGUUUUGUUCAUGGAAGAAGCAGCUCUUUUGGGUUCACCUUUUGGCCAUUUUAAGUUCUUAUACUUGAUGUAACAGUUGAAAAGUCAUGAUUUUUGUUGGCAAAAAUAUUGCUGAUGGUUUCUGUUAAUUUGGAUUCUCUAAUGUCAUCAAAAUUUCAAUACAUUGUACCUGGGAAAGAUCUCCAGUUGCUAAUUUCUUCCAAAAAAAACAAAAAAACAAAAAAAAUCGUGUAUGUGCAUUAUAUUUCCUUAUAAUUCUUAUGCUUAAAAGUACUUUGUAGUUUUGUGUUA